CUCUCUCUCUCUCUAUCUCUCUGUCUCUCUCGCUCUCUUUGGCCCGUUCUAUAAACAUUAAAGGAAAAGUUUAACUGAAAAAGAAAAUUCCUGUUUUAUUGACUGAAUGAAGCAGGACGUAUUCCAAGAGAAGAAAAGUUUUGAGAUACCAAAAAAAAUAUAUAUAUAUAUAUAAAAGCAAAAAGUCUGCGAGAAGUUCUUCGGUAAUGUUUAACUGAAACUACAACAACACGUGGACUACUGUGGAAUAAGCAGUUUGGAUUGACUUGGAAGAAAUUCUUGCCAGCGAAAAACAAUGUUAGUUUGGUGUUGCUCAUCACAGCAGAUGUGAUCUGAAAUUUCUGUUACUGAUGGAUUUGUCCUUUUGGAUAUAACAAAGUUGUUGCUGUUGUUGUUCACUCAUACCAUUUAAUCGAUUUACAAAUCAUUUCUUCACAACAUUUGACAAUGGCCGAGAACAACGUUUUCACUUGGCCGGACUACCUGCUUUUUGCUUCGGCCAUCAUCAUAUCGUUGUCGAUUGGAAUUUAUCAAAUGCUAAAAAGAAGAAAAGAAAAUGAUUUAACAGCAUCCGAACUGCUUGUUGCCGAUAGAAAGAUGAAUAUCUUACCCGUGUCUUUGUCCAUGACAGCCAGUUUAGUGUCAGGAAUACUUAUUCUUGGAGUGCCACAUGAAGUCGUCAAAUACGGAGGCGUUUAUUAUUUAACUGGAUUAUCUUAUUUACUCAACUAUGCUUUUUGUGCACAUUGCGUAGUUCCUGUAUUCUACAGACUGCGACUAUGUAGUGGCUACCAGUACCUGGAGCUCCGCUUCCACAAGUAUGUCCGCAGAAUAGCCUCGCUGACUUUUGUUUUACAAACAAUAUUCUAUAUGUCCGUAGUCAUCUAUGCACCCGCCAUUACCAUCAGUCAAACAACCGGGAUGCCUACGUCUGUUGCUAUCGCCUUGACAGGAAUUGUCUGCACAUUAUACACAGCCAUUGGUGGUUUACGUGCCGUUAUUUGGACCGAUGUAUUCCAGAUUAUCGUGAUGAUCACAUCAUUAAUCGUUACCGUUGUGAUUGGGAUACAAAACGCCGGAGGAACGAGCGAAGUUUCCAGAAUAAUAUCGGAAGGAGAUCGAUGGCCAUAUUUUGAUUUCGAUCCAGACCCACGGCUUAUCUAUUCCUUCUGGAGUUGUGUUCUCGGAUCAACAUUUUCAGGAAUGGCUUCAUUUUCUUUCCAACAAAUGAUUAUUCAGAGAUUUGUGUCUCUCCCAACUAAAAAGGCAGCAAUUGCCUCUGUCUAUAUUGCUAUGCCAGUCUCGUUAUUAAUAUUGACCUUGUUAUGUGUCACGGGGCUCAUCAUUUAUGCUAAUUACGCUGACUGCGAUCCUAUACGCAUUAUUCAUUCAUACAACAAAAUUCUACCUCACUUUAUAACCCAGGCCUUAGGCAAGUAUAGCGGUCUUCCCGGUUUGUUUGUUUCCUGUAUUUUCUGUGGAGCUUUGAGCACAAUAUCGUCUGGAAUCAAUUCAUUGGCUGCUGUCACUUACUACGACUUUGUUGAUCCUCUUUAUUUAAAAAUGAGAAAAGAACCAAUCGGCAGCAAAACCUCCGGUAAAAUAACAAUAGCCAUAGCGUUGAUAUUUGGUAGCUUAGCGGUUCUGUUUUCCUACGUGAUCCAUCACUUGAACCCCAACAUUCUUCAUACAACUCUGAUAAUCUUGAACACUAUCGCAGGACCAAUCACCGGAAUGUUCGUUCUUGGACUCUUUGUUCCAUGGGCCAACACCAAAGGCACUUUAGUUGGGUUCAGCGCGGCUGUCAUCAUGACCCUUUGGUUGGGAAUCGGAAAUGCUGUCACAAAUAGUAAACUAAAAGAGCAUCAUUUGCCUAACAACAGUACCAACGUCACUGAAUGUACACCAAUACCGCCGGUCGACCGGAACUUAUAUAAAAAUAGGACCGGCUGGGAUGGUUUUUACUCCAUAUCUUACCUGUGGUUUGCCUUUAUAGCAGUAGCCAUUGUAUUAAUCUUAGGUAACGUGGUAUCCUUAAUUACAGGUGGCACGACGUCUAAAAAGAAAAAAUACACAAUUUGGAAAUACAAGAAAAUACCAAUUCCUCCGCGAAGUACCUAGAGAAACGUCUGGCGGAUUUUUGAAUACUGGAUCUCUAUUCUAAAUUCCUACAUAAAAAUCAAUGACAGAAUAAAAGUGAAUUCCGAGGGAAAUAUUUGAUAGAAACUAACAGUUAUAAUACUCGUUGAAUUAUAAUUUGGAAUGAGUGAGAUCUUAAAGUCCAAUAACUUUCUUAAAGUUAAUCAUUGAUCAAUGAAUUAUAGGGAAGAGAAACGAAAGAGAAACUGCUUUGUAUAAUAAAACAACAAACUGCA